CCGGGGAUGAGGGGCGGGGUCCGGUCGGGCGGAGAUCGAGGAACCCCGCGUGGGAAACGGGGUGAGGCCGGUUUCUCGGCCCGGGCGGGUGCGGCCAGGCUGAGGUAUCACCUCUCCGAGCUUUGGUACCCCGGAAGUGCUGGCUUCCCGGGCGGCCCGGAGCAGGUGGCUGGCUGGCGUCGGGGUGGCCUCACGGAUCGGAGUGGAGCAAGAUAUAGAGGAAGCGCCCUAGGCUGGGUCGGCUUGAGCAACUGGUGAAACUCUGCCUCUCGUGUCCCGAGUGUGUCAUAGUCCAGAAGAACCAAUACAAGACAGCAGCCCUUCGAGGUCCUUAGGCAGCUUGGCCUGGAGGAGAACACAUGAGAGAAAGAAUCCCCAGAGGCUUUGUUUUCUUUGAAAAGGUAUUUCUGUACAGUUGCUCCAAUGACAGAGAUACCUGCACCUUUGUCCUACUUCCAGAAUGCACAGAUGUCUGAGGACAGCCACUCCAGCAGCGUCCGUAGCCAGAAUGACAAUCAAGAACGGCAGCAGCAUCAUGACAGACAGAGACUUGACAACCCUGAGUCGAUAUCUAAUGGCCGACCCCAGAGUAACUUUACCAGGCAGGUGAUAGAGCAAGAUGAGGAGGAAGACGAAGAGCUGACAUUGAAAUAUGGAGCCAAGCACGUCAUCAUGCUCUUUGUUCCUGUGACCCUCUGCAUGGUCGUUGUGGUGGCCACCAUCAAGUCAGUCAGCUUCUACACCCGGAAGGAUGGGCAGCUAAUCUAUACCCCAUUCACAGAAGACACCGAGACUGUAGGCCAGAGAGCCCUGCACUCGAUCUUGAAUGCCGCCAUCAUGAUCAGUGUCAUCGUCGUUAUGACCAUCCUCCUGGUGGUCCUGUAUAAGUACAGGUGCUACAAGGUCAUCCAUGCCUGGCUUAUUGUUUCAUCUCUGUUGUUGCUGUUCUUUUUUUCAUUCAUUUACUUAGGGGAAGUAUUCAAGACCUACAAUGUCGCCGUGGACUAUAUUACGGUUGCACUCCUGAUCUGGAAUUUUGGUGUGGUCGGGAUGAUUGCCAUUCACUGGAAAGGCCCACUCCGACUGCAGCAGGCGUAUCUCAUUAUGAUCAGUGCCCUCAUGGCCCUGGUAUUUAUCAAGUACCUCCCUGAAUGGACCGCAUGGCUCAUCUUGGCUGUGAUUUCAGUAUAUGAUUUGGUGGCUGUUCUGUGCCCCAAAGGUCCACUUCGUAUGCUGGUCGAAACAGCUCAGGAAAGAAAUGAGACUCUCUUUCCAGCUCUUAUCUAUUCCUCAACCAUGGUGUGGUUGGUGAAUAUGGCUGAAGGAGACCCAGAAGCCCAAAGGAGGGUACCCAAAAACCCCAAGUAUAGCACACAAGGAACAGAGAGGGAAGAGACACAGGACACUGGCACUGGGAGCGAUGAUGGUGGCUUCAGUGAGGAGUGGGAGGCCCAAAGAGACAGUCACCUGGGGCCUCAUCGCUCCACUCCUGAGUCAAGAGCUGCUGUCCAGGAACUUUCUGGGAGCAUCCUCACUAGUGAAGACCCGGAGGAAAGAGGAGUAAAGCUUGGGCUGGGAGAUUUCAUUUUCUACAGUGUUCUGGUUGGUAAGGCCUCAGCGACCGCCAGUGGGGACUGGAACACAACCAUAGCCUGCUUUGUAGCCAUAUUGAUCGGCCUGUGCCUUACGUUACUCCUGCUCGCCAUUUUCAAGAAAGCGUUGCCGGCCCUUCCCAUCUCCAUCACCUUCGGGCUCAUUUUCUACUUUGCCACGGAUUAUCUCGUGCAGCCCUUCAUGGACCAACUUGCAUUCCAUCAAUUUUAUAUCUAGCAUUUCCACACUCAGACCAUGGAUGAUUCUUCUUUGAUUAUCAGAAAAACAAAAACAUAAAGCAAACCUGGGCAGGGCAUGGAUGAUUGUCCUGUGUCCUCAGCGAACAAAGUCACGACUCCAGCUUGGCUUUGACCGCUUCCUUCCGGUUUCCCCAGCCACCUGCACUACUGGACUUGGGAAGGAAGUAACUACAGAAAACGGUUUCCAACACUUGUCAUUGCAUCGGACGAUGUCACUCAGUGAAGAAACUACCAGGCUGAGAGACAAGGACUAAGUAUGCUGGCCGAGAAGCUGCUGGGCUCUACCAGCACUUUGACCCUUGGACAUGGAGAUUGACCAGCACUGGGAACUCUCAAGAGGUUAAAUGAAGUGAAGUGAGCCAAGCAGAGCUGCCGUCUUCCAUGCCAUGUUGGAAAUAAAACAUGCCCUAGCUGAAUCCUGCACUGUCCAGGGGGUUCUGUGCAGAGGUGGCACUGGACCCAGGUCCCCGCAGUCUCCUUUGCUGCCCACUCGUAAGUUUAAAUAAGGAUGCCACCCUACACAAGCCCCAACCCCUGUCACAUCAGUGACUUUGACCAUUUUUGCUCUCAAGCACUGACACUAUUAUCUGUGGUUGCCAUUUCUUCCCAAGGCCAGUCUGGAUGAAUUUGGGGUGGCUUUAUCCUGAGAGUUGUAACCUCAGGUUCCAAAGUCUGUACUUCUCUUGAAAUGAUGGAACUAUUUCUCAACAGUCCCCUGUCAUCCUUAAGUAACUUCUGGGUUUUCCACAAAUUCCUCAUUUUUAGACAUACUUUAGGUUUACUUUUGGCCUGGAUGCUUCCUCUCCCUGUCUCUCUCUUGUCCCACAGCAGUUCCCUCUGACAGCAGACAAGGCAGCUCUGGGAGGGAGCCAGUGGCCCUGAUAGCCCAGGGGGUACCUCAUGUGAUGCAAAUACUCCGUGUCAAUCAAGCAGUGCAGUGAGCCGUGCUGCUGUGCUGCCACAGCUCCCUGGACAGCAAACAGGAUGUGUGCCCAAAGAAUUAAAGUGACGGGUGGCUGGUGAAGCGCUCUCUGUCCUGACUGUUCUUUUGUCACCGCAAUCCACUGUCAAGGACAGAAUUUAAAACUAGGGGCUGGGGGACAGCUCCAAAUACAAUGCCUGUCUUGCCCUCGGCCCAGUCCCCAGCAUUGGGGGAAAAAAAAAUAAAACCACAAGAUUUAAAUUAAUGUCUAGUGCUGGUAGUUGGUCAGUUCAUGAAUCAGUUGUGUCUAAAAAACCAAGGGUUUGGAGAAAAGUUGUUUGUUGGUUAGCCGUGAAAGAACCUAGACGCAGGACUUAAGCCAGUCGCCAAGAGGAAAGAUGGGCUUCCCACAGCCAUGGGACAGAGUGAGUUAGCUACACAGGCACGUGUGAGGGACGAGGCUCUGCUUCCUCAGGAGCCGUAGAAGAGUGGCCUCACUCUCGCUUCUGGUCUGUCUGCCUCUUCUCUCAUCUCAGUGCUCCAUUGUGUGGUGCGAGCAGUGGCCAUGUGCUGAGUUUACAGUGAGCAUGGGUGCUGUGGACCUGUCAGGCUGAGCAGUAGUCCCUUGUACCUGUGGCAGCCACCUCAGCCAGGACACCAGCUGGUAAGACUUGAGAAACUAGUGUGGCUCAACCAAGGACGCUGGCUUUCUCUCCCAGCCUGUCCUAGGAACCACUUGAGGGUUAGGAUACUUAUUUUGGGUCACACAGUUGUGCUGUUGAUCUAGCCCGGGGGCUUUGGGCAUGCUAGCAAGUGAGGCCUGGAGUGAUCCUAGGAAGGAUUUGACCUUAGGAGUCUAGUAGUCCCCUCUGUGGUGAGGCGGAGACAGGCGGGUCCCUGGGCUUACUGGCCAGUCAGCCCAGCCCCAUCCAGGUUUAGGCCAAUGAAGAGCCCUAUGUCACAGAGCAAGGUGGACAGCUCCUGAGGAACGACACACGGAGGAGCUGAGGGCGAGCUUUGGGAGAGCUUGGUACAUGCAACAUCCUCAAGGCCCUGCGCUCAUUUCCCAGGCUGUGUUUAAAGAAUAUGAACCCAGACAGAAUCAUCUCGGCUGAAGAAGAGAGCCUUGCAGGGAGGAGAGGGGCUUGUGCUAGAAGGUUCUGCAUUUUUAUUAUCAAGCAUAUGUGAGGUCAGCCCUGUGGUGCAUGGGUUCUAAGGAGCAAACCAGGUCACUAGGUACGCUGUGGGCAAGAGCCGCUAACCAGCCUGGCCACCUCACUAGCCCCUUUUCCCAAGACCUUGCCGCUCUCACACAGACAGCAGAUGGGAAGUUUUAGUUUGAGGCACUUUUGCCAAUCUCAGGUAGAGCAGUGUGUGUAAGGGUCUCAAGUGUGACGUGUGUUUAGUAACAAGAAGAUAUGGGCUGUGAUUGUGUGCAGGUGUUCCAGUCCAGGAGAGGAGUGGCCACAAGCCAGGCAACAUCUGGAAUAAAGCCACUGCCCCCACCUGCUUGGUGGGAAGAAAUGUAGUAGCUUUAGGGCUUUGGUCCAAUGCCUACAGGAUAUGGGGCAUUUAUGGGCAGUGCCAGCUGCAAUCGAGGGGCUGGAGAGGAAGGGCGCUUCUUCCUGGUUUUGAUUCUGCUGGGUUAAAGGGAUCCUAGGUUCACAGCUUUCACACCGGAUGACUAAAUUUCUCCAAGAGGAAAAGAGAGAGCAAGCAAGCAAAGGACAGCAGCCAAAUGUGAUCUGUUAGAGAAAGUGUGCAAAAGACAAGAGCCAAAAGAAAUCUAUUGACUUCACCACAAAAGGAGCAAAGAUCUGUGGUUUUUGCUUGCAAACUUCGCUUGAAAGUUUAGUGUCUUUUGUGAUAGAUGCCCAAGUGAAGGGUACAUUUACUGCUUGUUCUGUCUGUGGUUUCACGCACAUUAGAUAGGGUCUCCCGUGUAGCCCAGGCUGAACUCAAUUUAAUGGUCCUUCUGCCUUCACCUUACAAGUGCUGGGCGUCACAAGACAUGGACCAUCAUGCCAAGUUACAUCUAUGUACAUACAUACACAUAUGCAUAUAUAUAUUAUAUUUCUGCACAGAGCAUGUGCCUACAUGAGGUCAGAGGACAGUUAACAGCAAGUGGUUCUCUCCUCCCAUCAUGUGAGUUCCAGGAACUGAACUCAGGUCCUCAGGCUUGGAGGUGCAUGCUUCUACCCACUGAGCCAUCUGGCUGGGCCUAUGGAUAUUCCUGACCCUAACUUGUUGAAUGUGAAAUUGAUGCUAACUGCCAAAUAAGGUCUUCCAAGAUCGGGCUUCUAAUGGGAGGCUCUGUCUCUGACCCUCAGAGCCAGGCUUUGUGAUCUAACCCUGGAAGAAAAGCUGAGGGGUUUAUUCAGUCUCCUGAGUGAUUGGCUUGGUGCUGCAGUCUCACCUGCCCUCUUCCUACCUUUUUCCCUCCCUCCCCUCCCCCCUUUCCCUUCUGUUUCUUGUUCUUUCCUCUUCUCCUUUCUGAAAGAAACCCCAGGCUCUUGCCAGACCCACUCUAGAGCAGAGGAUGAUCUUGAACUUCUGUCCUUCUACUUCCACACCCCAAGUUCUGAGAUCACUCACAUGCACCCCUGUGCCCAGUUUAUUCUAUGCUGGGGAUCAAACCUGGGGCUGUGUGCAUGCUAGCUAAGCACUCUACCAUCUGAGCUACACCCCCUGGCCCCACCCAUCCUGACUUCUCUCAACUCCUGAGGCUUACAGAGUGAGUGCUGUUAAGGGGACCUCAUUCCUUCAGAAGCCCCCCUAGUUAAGUGAGCUCUUGAGUGGUCUAUGCAGAUCAGCCUGGGCCACCUCUCCUCACUCCCUGUGGGUCUUUAAUGCUGAAUUUGAAGACAAUUUGGAAACUGGACAUUUGCAUUCACCCUUGGGAUGGAAAUAAUGCCAUUUCUUGAUGAUAAGUUAGAGUCUUAAGAGCAGCCCGGGGGUCUUGUGUCUUUCUCCAAACCUGGGCAGUUCUACAAACGCACACCAAAGGAAAGGCUUUGCAGCCUUUCUUGAUGGUGCCAUCCAGAUACCUGUGGGCUGUCCCAUCUCAGGGUCUUCUGCACCUCAUUGGUCUACUAGGCUGCUAGAAACCCCUACUCUGCAUAUUGCAAAGCACAGCCUGGUGCUGAAAUGUACCCUUUCUUGACUGUCAAAGCCAUUUAAUGGGCGUUUGGAGGAGCAAUGUGCCUUUGAGGAUGCAAGUGUCCCCUUGGGCCCUAGAGUAUAGAGCUUACACAUGUCUCCCUAGCAGGAAGGAUUUCCCCGAAAGCACUUCUAUUCAAAUACAGACUUGUUGAAGGCCACUGCAGAGUGGCAGUGCCAGGGUGAGAACUUCUGAGGGGUUCUUUACUCUCACAUGGUCACGGCCUGGCUUCUACCAUGGGUACUACUUUGUACAUAACACUGUGAAUGCAACUUUUUAAAUAAAUACCUUUCAAACUCUUGGGAAGCUAUAAUUUUGAUAGAUGAUUGCAGAUUUUCCUGUAUUUGUCAAAUGAAUAAAGAAUGCAUGAGCCUAA